AUGAGUGCGGACUCUCUCUACCAAGUCCACCCAUGGUGGCAAUCCCACAUCCAGGAUCCUUCCGUGCGCAUCAACAACGACACAAACACCACCGACACUUUCCAACGCGAGAGCGUCGGCACCGUCGGCAACAACAUCGACAUGGCCAUCUGCUGCGUCUCCUUUGUCGGCGCUCUUGCCAUCAUCCUGCCCUACAUCUUCAACAAGAAGAGCCGCAAACUCCGCCACGUCCUCAUCCUCGGCCUCGCCACCAGCGACCUCGUCACGUCCAUCGCCAUCAUCAUCACCACCGCCUGCCUCAUCGCAAAAAUCAACCUGGUGCGCGAAGACGGCGCCUGCACCUUUCUAGGAUAUAUCCUAAUCAGCUCCAUCUUCUCGCAGCACCUCUGGAACUUGUCCAUCGCCAUCGUCACCUACAUGAUCUUGGUUCAUCCCUUGUCCUCCUUCACCUUGACCGUCGAGAGGCGCGUACAGUGGCUCUGGCCCUCCUUCUGGGUCAUCUCCUUUGUCAUCGAUGCCAUCCCCUUUGGUUUCGGCGGCUUCGGUUUCCGAGGCGGCUACUGCGCUCUCACCACUGGUUUCUACUUUUCGAGUAUCUUCCAGUUUGUGCCGCGAGCCAUCGUGUUCAUCGUCAUUCUCUGCCUCUACACCCACCUCUUCUUCUUCCUUCGAAGGACCAACCUCUUCAAGAAGGCACACACAUCCAACUCGCUUAGCCAAGGACAGAGCCGUCACAGGUCCCAGGCUGCCGUUCAAUCCAAGCCUGGCGACACGCUCCGACGCAUGUCGCAACAUGAUCACAACUUGACCACAUCCAUGGGUUUCAACGACACGCUCGGUGCGUCUGCUGACGAUGCGAGUCCCACGGUCAAGACUCACUCUCCCUCGGGCGCCUCGUCGGCUGCUGCUCAUAGCAGAAAGACUUCCUCGGGCAGUCGCGUCAUUACUCCCGUGCUCAACAAGGACGACCCCAACGCGGCCACCCGCCGACGUUCGUCUUCGCUCGGCGAGAAGGAGAGCAGCGUCGAGAUGGCUAACCUCGAGUCGGGAGCGACGCGUGGCAAGGGCUCGGGUGAUGAUGGCGUGGAUCCUGGGCUGUCGGGUCUGUUGACGUACAGCAUGAAGCAGACCGACGCAUCGCCGCAGCCUGCGACGUACGGUCUGCUGGAUGCCAACUACUCGAUGGCGCCACGUCGUACGCUGCCGAGCGAUCUGGACAUUGAAAAAGCGAAUGCGUCGCGCACCUACGACAGUUCGAGCCUCAGUGCGCCCUCGCCGUCGGAUUCGUCGUACGCCGGCACGGGCGGUGCAGCCACCAUGUCGACGCGUGGCUCUGCAGCACCGCUCAACGCAUCCUUUGCACCGAGAUCUUCCCCGACUCUGGCGGCGAAGAGACCGUUCACAGCCGAAGCGGCUUCGAGCGUCGAUGUUGGUGCGACAGCCACGCCUAGGCUCGGUGGAGCGGCGCAGCGACGUGCAUCCGCCGGAGACUCGCGCUACCACUCUGCUCCCAGCGACACCUCGGACAGCUCAACGGGCGAUGUGGAGGAACCGUCGUCGCACAUGCGUCCGCGAAAGGACACGGGCGACUUUGAAAUGAUCUCUCCGCCCAUCGAGCACCUGCGACACAAGGCGGUGCCGGCGUCGGGCGCUCGCGCGUAUCCGCGCUUGGCGGACAUUCUCGCCAUGGGGGAGGACGAUAUGGCUCGAGCGCGUCGAGGCGGCGGCGGUGGGUUUGCGGGAGAGAGGAGGUCCAGCGCGGUGCAGAUUCUUCCCGGAGAAGUGAUGGUGGAAAUGCCGAGCAAGGAAGCCUUCGAGCAGCAGCUCGGGGAUGACUGGAACUGGGGGAUGAACGUCACCGCUGGCGAAUCGAAGCAUCCUCACCACUCGCGUCAUCGCACCGCCAACGCGGACGGUAUCACCACCGGCACCUCCUCCACCUCCUCAGCGGACGAAAAUGGCGUCGACGCAAUCGGAUCGACGCUCAACCGUCAAGCUUCCCUCCUCCUUCUACUCUACCCUGCGGCGUACUGUUUGCUGUUCAGCAUCAGUAUCGCGCGUCUCAGCGUCGACUUGGCCGACCCAGGGGCUAGUGUGCGACGAUCGCACGAUGCGCUGCACAGUCUCAGUCGCUGGCUCAUCUUUGCUCAGGGUGCGAUCGAUGCGCUGAUCUUCCAGUUUGUAGAGCGACAGUUCAGGCAGAGGAUGAAGCGGAGGAGGAGACGAGCGAUGGGCGAGAGGGUCGAGGAUAGUUUCGGGCUCAAGGUGGGGAAGAGGAUCGUGAGGAGCUUCCAGAGCAGGUCGAGGGGUGGAGGACGGGAGGAGGAGAAAGGGCAGAUUGUGACGAUCGGUGGUGGAAGAGCCUAA